AUGGGCGACUUCAAGCGCCACCAGCUCCACCUCAUCCAGACGCAGCAGCGCUGCUUCACGGAGGACGCGCAGGCGCUCAAGGACGAGGUCGCCGCGCAGCAGGCCGAGUGGAGCGAGGCCAUGGAGCGCCGGGAGCAGGCGGCCAUGGAGCAGGAGGUCAUGCUCAGCGCCCGGGGCCUCGAGGCCGAGGAGCAGCGGGAGCGCAUGAAGCGGGAGAUCGAGGCGGAGAAGGAGCGGAACCUCGAGGCCGCGCGCGCGGCCGCGGAGAAGCGCAAGGAGGAGGACCGGCUGCGGCGCGAGGAGGACAAGGCGAAGAAGGAGGAGGAGGAGCUCGCGUUGACGCGCCACCUCGCCCAGGCCAAGGCCGAGGCGGAGCUCCUCGCGCAGAUCGACCCGAUCCGCCGCUUCCUCGACAAGGAGUGCGAGGCCAGCGACGUUUGGACGGACCCGAAGACGGGCGUCGCCUACCCCAAGGACUACGUUUUGGGGCCCCGCGCGCUCGAGGACGGCGAGGACGCGCCCGUCGGCGAUGAGGCGCUCGCGGUCCGGCGGACGAAGAUGGGCGAGGACUGGGUGCUGCUCAUGCGGUCCCAGACCUUCCUCCCGGCGGCGUCGAAGCAGCUCAUGCGCGUCAUGGCCAAGUCCUGGAAGAACGCCAUGCCGAGCCACUGGUUCGAGAUCAUCCGCGGCCUGUACGACGCGGGGACCAUCGCCAUCAACCUCAACGCGGACGGCAACGCGACGGAGUGCUGGUUCUAG